AUGGGUGGUCUCGCAGUGCGCGGCACCCAACCUACGGUCUCAACUGUAUCAACAACAGAGGAGUAUGACCUUGUGGAAGAGCGUGGCAACCAGCCCCGGCCCCUCCGUCGCGGGCCUACGACAGCUGAGGUCAUUCAAGAUCACAAAACGAUGUUCUCUUCGCUGCUGAAGGAGUACGCCUACGUCGUGGAUGAGGAUUGGGUCACGGGUUCGAUCCCUAAGGAGCUGCACGGCACCUAUUACCGCAAUGGGCCUGGCCUGCAGGUUGACAACCCCCGCUACCAGCGCCACACUUUCGACGGUGACGGCAUGGUGCUCAGUCUGUCCUUCAGAAACGGCCGGGCUUACUUCCGGAACCGCUUCGUGCGCACGGAGGGCUUUCUGAAGGAGCAGGCCGCCGGUCGGCCGCUGUACCGCAACUCCUUCACCCGCGGCUCCGCGGACGGGUCCCCCUGGUUCAACCCUCUGGACCUGUCCUUCAAGAACGUGGCCAACACGGGGGUCCUGGCCUGGGGGGGACAGCUGUACGCGCUGUGGGAGGGGGGCCUGCCGUACAGCAUGGACCCGCGUACCCUCGACACCCGGGGUGAGACCCGUAUGGGCGGGGCGCUCCGCGGCUCUACGUUCGGCGCCCACUACCGUGUGGUGGUUUCGGAGACUGACGGCAGCCGGCGGUGGGUGGCCUUCUCCAGCGCGGCGGGCUUUAAUGGCGCCGCCAUCACCUUUUAUGAGUUUGCUGAGGACGGCACUAAGCUGCACGAAACUACCCACCCUCUGGAGGACGCCAGCCUUGCUUUUAUUCACGACAUUCUGGUUUCGGAGCACUACUACAUCGCCCUGUUGGGCCCUGUGGAGUUUGACCCGAUCAAAUUCGCCACACAGUACAUUUGGAGCCGGUGCUCCAUAGCGGAGUGUCUGGUGUACAACCCCUCGCGACCGGCCAGGGUGGUGCUGGUGCCGCGGCCUGGGCGGCCCAGUGGGAGAGCGCUGUCGCCCCGGGUGCUUGAGACCGACCCCUGCUUCACCUUCCAUCACGUGAAUGCGUUCGAGGUAGAGCAGCAGCAGCAGCAGGGUCAGAUGCCGCCGCCGGGUGAGGUCCCUCCCCCACUGGUGGUGUUGGACACGGUGGCCUGGGACGAGCUGUCCUUCAGUGUCAACCAGUACAGCUACGGACCCGAAUAUUACCGAGGCGGCUCUCGAUCCCAUUUGGUUCGUCUGGUGUGCGACCCUAUGGCCGGUACCGUCACAACCCAUCGCCUCAUGCGCCGCACUGCCGAGUUCCCCGUCACCGACCCACGGGUCACGGGUCGACCCCACCGGGUCAUCUGGACCGGCUGCGAUGCAGUAGACGACCCGCUGCUAUGGGGUCCUAUUCAGGCAAUUGCUCGGGUGGAGGUCGACCCACAGCUCGGUCUGACAAGUUCUGGCAGCGCUGCCGCGUCGUCAUCGUCGUCGUCGUCGUUGAGCACGAGUCCUCAGGGCGCGGCUGAGGGCGUGUCGGUGGAUGUUUGGUAUGCUGGGGAGAGGCGUUUCCCCGGGGAGCCCAUGUUCAUUCCCCGACCGGGCUCCUCCAGGGAGGGGGAAGGCUGGCUGCUGGUGGCGGUACACAACGCGGCCACACAGAAGGGCGAGGUGGUGAUUCUGGAUGCGCAGAACCUCUCCGCUGGUCCCCUGGCCACCCUUCAUCUCCCACACCGGCUGCCUGCCGGAUUGCACGGCAGCUGGGACACCUGCUUUGCCGGGCCGGAGGACGAGCCUGGGGAGGGUUCCGGAGCCACCCCCCGCUGGCAGGAGCUGGGCACCAUCAGGCCGCUGUGA